AUGGCCGAGGCAGCUACAUCCUCUUUGGGUAUGGUAGGGGAUAGCGUGGGGAAACAGAUAGUGGUCAAAGCGCAGUACUUUGUUCAGAGACCCGGGCAUUUUCCCCAACCUGCAACCGUUCUGGACAUACGGGCGAAUCGAAAGGGUUCCAGAGAUGUGUACAUCUCUUUCCCAGGGCAAGAUAAACGGCUGGAUAGCUGGAUACCCGAGAAUGAACUCGGAGAGCUAGUGACCGAGGAUGCGGGGAAUACAGAGGAUCAUGGCAAACGGAACGGCGCUGCCGCGGGCACUCCAGAACGCAGCUUCAGCGAAGUCUCCGACAAUCCCAAAUUGCACGCUCCUUCACCUUCCAUCGAGUCAAGUCCGGAGCGAGAACAUGCCUCGCUGACACGGCUGCGAAACUAUGAGGAAGUGCGAUUCGGCGAGUACUUGAUCAACACUUGGUACUACUCGCCGUAUCCGAUAAACCAGACAGAAGCCCCGCCGGUACAUCACAAUACCUUCGAAGCGGCGUCCUCUCGCAAGCGAAAGAUAUCUGAAACGAAUGGUACUUCUGAGCAUCAAGCUUCUUCGUCCAGACUGCCUGCCCAGUCUCACUCUACGGCUGGGCCAUCCAAACCACAAGAAGGACUUGCUCAUCCUGAUCGGUCGCAAAUGAGCAGACUAGCGAGCGAUAUGUUUGCGGCAGGAGCGGAGAAAGGUGAAGGUGGGAAGAGACGUUUAUGGGUUUGCGAUCUGUGCUUCAAGUAUAUGAAGACUAGAGCAGCUUGGGAUCGGCAUUGCAGUUCAUGCACGAUGAUGGAACCGCCAGGAAGACGAGUGUAUAGAAGGGGAAGCUACACGAUAUGGGAAGUGGAUGGCGCAUUUGCACCGUUGUAUUGUCAGAACCUGUCGCUAUUUGGCAAGUUGUUCAUCGAUCACAAGUCAAUAUUCUUCCACGUCGAAAAUUUCCUCUUCUACAUUAUAUGUGAUGCGGCGACGAGUCGCCGAGAACAGGCCAUGGCCUUCUUCUCGAAAGAAAAGGUCUCUUACGACGACUAUAAUCUAGCGUGCAUCGUUGCCUUCCCGCCAUUCCAGAAUCGCGGCUUCGGCAAGCUUCUCAUCGAAUUCAGCUACUACCUCACCAAACACCCCGCCACCCGCUCCAAAUAUCUCUCUGCCGGAACCCCCGAAAGACCUCUCUCAGACCUCGGUUUGAAAGGCUACACAGCUUACUGGGUAUCUGUCAUUCUCCGCUUUUUGAAGUUGUUGGUGAGGGAUGCGGAGCCUGCGGCUGGUCAAUCGCCGGUGAAGCAGAGGGGGUCGCUUGCUGCUGGGCCGUCGCCUGUCAAGCCUGGAGUUCCCAAUGAUAGAAGUUUGAGGGCUAGGAAGGAGGCUGUGGACAAAGGGGAGACGAUCGUUGCCGGCGAUGUCGAUGUACUGAGGAUGCCGAUCCCAGGCCAUUCCGGCCAAUUCAACAUCGCUCUCGCUCUCUCCGACAUUGCCAAAACCUGCCAUCUCCGUAUCGACGACGUAGCCUUCACCCUCUCCGAACUCGGCUUCCUCCGCCAUCGCCGCGCUGCCACCAUCCCCAUGCGCAAACGUACGCGUAAUAAACAUGAUAUACACGGAGAAGAAGGGCAAGGUGGAGAAGUGGAGGAGGAAAGAGUUGAAGAUGAGGAUUUGGGCGAGUGGAAGGGGAUGGAGGUAGUUAUCAGUAAGGGUAUGGUGGAGGAAGCUUGGGGGAGAUGGAGAGUACGGGAGCAGGGGGUUCUGGAAGAGAGCUGUGUCUUGCUGUAG